AUGAAUUCUGAAUACGAGGAUGCGUAUGUACACAAAUUUUAUUCGAAAUACGCUAAAAAAUUUGAUGUUACAAGAUAUAAAACGUGGCCUAAAAUUUCUUCGUUUUUGAAAGUUUACGAUAAACCAGGGUUUUUAAAUCUAGAUGCGGGAUGUGGCAAUGGAAGGAAUUUACCACGAACAGGAGGCGUGUGGAUCGGACUAGAUUAUUCAAAAGAACUUCUUAAUUGUAUUGUUGAUAAAUAUUGCAAAGUCAAUGAUCAAAAAGAUUUGGAUUGUGGUACACUUUCUAAAAAAAAUAUUUGUAAAUCAGAAUUAAAAUAUUCUUUAGUACACAAAUCUAGUAGUACUCCACAUGUUUCUUUUAACUUAAUAAGAGGAGAUUGUCUAUGUCUUCCUUUCAAUAGCAAUACUUUUGACAUAAUAUUAAGUAUUGCUGUCAUACAUCAUUUUAGCACACCUGAAAGACGAACACAAGCCUUACAAGAAAUGCACAGGGUUUUAAAACCAACUGGCCGAAUACUUUUAUACGUCUGGAAUGAAGAGACCAAAUUUCAAAGCAAGUUUAAGCAGAUAAAAAAUAAAGAUUAUUUAGUAAGGUUUAAAACUUUUGAUAGAUAUUAUUAUUUAUAUGACCAUAAAGAACUAGUAGAUGCAUGCGUUAAAAAUGGAUUUAAUGUCGAAGAGAGUGGAAUAGAACAAGAAAGUAUAUUCGUUAUAUUGAAAAAGCAAAUAUAA